UUCUGGUUGUCGUAUCCCCACGUAAACCUCGGUUCUUCGUCUCCGACCUUCGUGUUCUAACGCAGGAACACACAUAUUUAUAAAUUUUCUCGGAAAAAUCUCCAAUGAUUCAAACCAAAUACUGAAAAAGGAAAAUCGAAAGAAAAAGCCAAAGCAAACGAAAAAGAGGAAUACUAUGCAACAGAAAAUCCUAACGAGAAGGCAAACUCACGAUUAGCGAACUUUGCACGCGCCGCCGUUGAUCAGUGAUGAGUUCGUGGAAGCAUCUAAGCAGGCUCGUCAAUGGUCUUUCGCUUGUGGCGAAGGAGAUCUAUAAUAAGUCUCCGGAGCUACAGAGAGCGAGAAAUGGAGAUCUCGAAGGCCUAAUCACGUCUUCGGGGAAAAAGGCCUUGGUUGCCGCCACCGACUUGGUCGGACUCACCUCCGGGAAGCUCCGAGAGCUGUCGAUUCGUCGAUCUAAGGAACCAUCCGUCGUGUACUUCGACAAUGAAGACAACAAGCACGACGGCUCGAGCCACGUCGCUGAUCCCCCUGUCGCGCCUGGGAUUGGAUCUGCUAUCGCAAAACCUACCUCCGUCGAAAGCAACGGUGUUCAUGAGCAAAUGGUUGACUCGCAACUCCUGAGAAGUGAAUCUAUCAGUGAAGCCAAGAGUUCAAACAGAGAAGUCGAGACCAAGGUUUCAGGCGGUGAAGACGACGGGAACAUCGGAGCUGGAGCUGCCGUAGCAACAUCUCCGUUGGAGGUAGCUCCGGUGAAGAGACGGAGGCCUAGAGAACGGAAGGUUCCAUCAACUCCAGUGGCAAGAGCUUUUGGGUUUUUCAAUCUUGGAGCUGGUCUUGCUUGGGGAGCUGUUAAAGAAUCGACCUAUAGGUUAGUAAAUGGGACACCAACCACACAAGACAAUCAGCCUGCGCUCUCGUCUAUAUUGUCAAAGGAAAACGCAGAGAGGUUGGCUCUUGGACUGUGUGAAAUGCGUGGAGCUGCACUCAAAGUUGGGCAGAUGUUGAGUAUACAGGACGAGAGUCUUGUUCCUGCUCCGAUCUUGAAUGCUCUGGAAUAUGUGCGGCAAGGUGCAGAUGUGAUGCCAAGGAGCCAACUUAAUCCGGUUUUGGAUGCUGAGUUAGGUUCUGAUUGGCAGUCGAAGCUGGCUAGUUUUGAUUAUGAACCGCUCGCUGCAGCGAGUAUCGGUCAGGUGCAUCGAGCUGUCACUAAAGAUGGAUUAGAAGUGGCAAUGAAGAUUCAGUACCCUGGAGUUGCCAACAGUAUUGAGAGUGAUAUCGAAAACGUCAGACGCUUGUUAAAUUAUACGAAUCUAAUCCCUAAAGGACUCUUUCUGGACAGAGCUGUUAAGGUUGCGAAAGAAGAGUUGGCACGGGAGUGUGACUAUGAAAUAGAAGCAGUGAGUCAAAAGCACUUUCGUGAGUUGCUUUCAGAUACUCCAGGGUUUUACGUUCCACGUGUGGUUGAUGAGGUUUCAAGCAAAAAAGUUCUAACCACAGAACUUAUUUCUGGGAUCCCCAUCGAUAAAGUGGCAUUGUUAGAUCAGAAAACACGAGAUUAUGUUGGGAUGAAGAUGCUCGAACUCACAUUGAAGGAGCUCUUUGUGUUCCGCUUCAUGCAGACGGAUCCAAACUGGGGCAACUUCUUAUACGACGAAGCCACAAAAACAAUCAACCUUAUCGAUUUCGGAGCAGCUCGUGAUUACCCUAAGAAAUUCGUCGAUGACUAUCUACGAAUGGUGAUGGCAUGUGCGGAUAAAGACAGUAAAGGAGUGAUUGAGAUGUCGAGGAGACUCGGGUUCUUGACCGGAGAUGAAUCGGACGUGAUGCUUGACGCUCAUGUCCAAGCCGGUUUCAUCGUGGGUCUACCUUUUGCUGAACCGGGUGGCUACGCUUUUCGAACCAACAACAUUACUUCUAGCAUCUCCAAUCUAGGAGCAACCAUGUUGAAGCAUAGACUCACGCCACCUCCUGACGAAGCCUACAGCCUUCACCGUAAACUAUCCGGCGCUUUCUUGGCUUGUAUCAAGCUUGGAGCCACCGUGCGUUGCCGUGAUCUCUUGCUCCAAGUUUACGACAAGUAUCAGUUCGAUGAUGAGCCUCAAGAGCCGGUGGUUGUCGCUACUACAAGAUCAGGUUCUUCGUAGCUCUUUUCAUACACAAGACGAUUCUUUUUUUUUUCUUCCCAUUAAUGGGAGUAAAAAACGAUUCUUGUUUUGGUAAACACGCCGUUGAGUUUAAUUUAUAGCAUUAAUAAAAAAAUGUUACUUCUAAGUUCUAGAUAUAAUAAUAAUGUAAAGUGUUGAAUAUUACACAAUGCUGGAGUAAAUCAAUCAACAAACUCUAUACAUUUGGCUUAUUGACCAACAUAUCAAAUUGCCAAAUCUCUCAUCGACACACAAAAACAGAAGAAGAUUUGUGAAAAAUUACGAAAAUCAGAAACCCAAAAAAUAAUUUUUCAAAACCCAACUCGAAAAUGCAUGCAAGUAUUUUUUUUUUUUCUUUUUUGGAAUUGGAAAAGUGUUUUAUUUUUUUUGAGUGAUCAUAAAGAAUUAGGAGGUUGAUGAUGAUUGGUAGAUACAAAAGCCACAGCCUGAGCCCAAGCCUUCAGCCUCGCUUUCACCUCUUUGGGAUCAUCACCUGGACCGGAAAUACGGUGGUUAGAAGAAAUGGGAGAAUUGCCGCCACUACUAGUAUCCAUGGUUGAACCGGAAUACGAAACCCGACCCGGUUCAAGCUCAAAUCCUAAAUCCUUACAAGCUUUGACUUCCCCUAAAUCCAUACACAAUGGCCUUCCUCCUCCUAUCGGCCUCGUCACCACCACCACUCCUCCGCCGCAACCGCUAUGUUCAUCGAAGUAGCUCCUCCGCAUACUAUCGACCCACGGUGGAUACUCCGGUCUCAAUUUCCUCCUCCUUCUCCUCUGAUUGUUAUUCCCCUGUUUCGCCUUCUGCGCCUCGUUCUCGCUCGCGUAAGCUUUAUCUCCGGAAACCGGAGAACUCACCGCCAAACUUCCUCCUCCGUGCUGCCGUCUCCGUCUCGGAGGCGUCGCCGGAAGCGAUUGACAUCCCGUUGAUCCUUUAUCGGAAUCCGAAAAUUCUAGCUGCUCCAUCGAUUUCUCUCCUCCGCCGACAAAUUUUUCGUCGGAAUCAGACGGUUCGCCGUCGGCUUCAUCGCCGUCGUAGUUGGAACAGACGGAGAGCCUCGACAACGAAUAGUGAUGUUCUUCUUCUUCUUCAUCUUCUUCCCUUAGAAAAGUCGCCAUUUUCAUAUCUUCGUCAAACGCCAUGAGUAUCUAUGCAACAGAUUUAAUUUGUGUAUGCGUGUAUAUAUAUAUGUAUUGAUAUUUUCUAUUUUUCUUUCAGUUAUCUGAUUGUGAAUCUGUUUUUAGCUUCGGAUUUUGAUUUUCUG